GAGCCACAGCUGAAAGGCAUCGUGACACGGCUGUUCAGCCAGCAGGGGUUCUACCUGCAGAUGCAGCCAGAUGGAACCAUCGACGGCAGCAAAGACGAGAACAGCGACAGCACCCUGUUUAACCUCAUCCCUGUGGGUCUGAGAGUCGUGGCCAUUCAGGGGCUGAAGAGUGGGUUCUACAUCGGCAUGAACGGGGAAGGCAUGCUCUACAGAUCGGAGGUGUUCACACCAGAGUGCAAGUUCAAGGAGUCGGUGUUUGAGAGCUACUACGUCAUCUACUCGUCCACAGUGUACCGGCAGCAGGAGUCGGGCCGUGCCUGGUUCCUGGGCCUCACCAAAGACGGACAGGUCAUGAAGGGCAACCGCGCCAAGAAGACCAAGCCCUCCUCACACUUUGUUCCCCGGCCCAUUGAAGUGUGUAUGUACCGGGAGCCGUCAAUGCAUGAGAUCGAGGAGAAGCAGCGCUCCAGGAAGAGCUCAGGGACUCCCGCUAUGAAUGGAGGAAAAGCCGUCAAUCAGAACUGUUCAUAGCAUCAGGGGGCGGGGCUUCCAUCGGGGGGAGGUGUGACCUUCUCUUAAUUUAAAGGGGAGGAGUCAUCACCAAACCCCUUACAAAAUACGCACCACUAUACCCUCUGUCUAGGGGAGGGGGGAGUUGCCGCGACAACCAGGAGCUUGUACUGUACACCCAACCAAUCAAAAAAGAACAGCAACUUAACUGAACUCUUGCCUGUGAAAUUCUUUUAGAUGAAUUAUUAUUAAUCCAGACGAUAUGAAAGAAACAUUUUCAAUCAGGAUUUGACCUUAACAUUUUAUGCAAAAAAGAGAAAAUGCUGUGACAAACAUAAGAAUGGUGGUCUCUCGUCAUAUAAAUACAAAUAUCUAUAGUUUCCAAUUUAUGCUGUGAAAAAUUAGCUUUAAAGACAUGUUACAAAUGUCAUGCAUUGGUUAGAUAUAUAUUUUUUGGAUCGCCGUGACACUUCCACACGCUUAAUGGUGUUAUUGUUGUCAAUAAUAACAGUUAUUGAUUUUGUUUUAAUUAAUAACGAUCAGUACUACUCUGUUGUUACCUCACCAGCUCGGUUAGCGACCACGUCGACUCCGCCUCUUGUUUUUUCUAGAGACUUAUCACUAAAGAGAAAGUCGUUUCCACUGCUUGACGGUGAAUGUGCUCUCACGCAAACUAGUCAGAGUGUCGGGAGGUCGGACUGAAUGUACUGUAAUGUCAGAAUCUGAUUGGUGGAGAUAUGGGUGUGGGGGUUGGGCCGUGCGAUCUGAUUUGCUCAGGGUGCUGUACUGUAAGUGCGAGUGAUUGGUUGUUUAUCCACGGGACAAAUCGGAUUGUUCCAGAAGCUUCUUGGAAGAAUCCCCUCCCCCUCCCUGGCCAGGCAGUGGGACUGUUAUAAGCAAUACAACUCAGUCAAGAGAUGUCUCAAACGAAUCUCCAAGCGGCACUAAUUGCAAUGAGUGUGCGUUCGAACGUCAUUGGCUUGUGAAAGAUUGAUGCACGUUAAAAAGCAGGGUUUUUCAAAUUGUCCAGAGAGACAGAGGUUUGCUCAAGGGUCAACGGUAGUCCUCCUAGCAGUUCCUUCAGUAACAUGAGAGGAAAAGCGAACUUCUUUUUAAAUGGCGUUAAACGGCGCGUUGCUCUCUCUCUCCCAGAGUUCCGAGGGGGCGAGGUAAUGGUGGUGAUGAUGAUCACGACCACUGUGAUAGCCACGGACGGUUAUCCUCAUCAUUUGCACCUCGAGAAUCACAGCUCUCUCUGCUCUGCAAUUUGUAUGACUGGGGUCUUGACCGCAAAAAUCAUACAAAAAGAAAUAAAAAAUAAAAAAAACAAUCACAACAAAAAAAUAAUACAUAUAUAGCAUUUGUGCUUUCAAUAUAUAUGAACAAAACAUGAUGUCAUCUUUGAUAAAGAAAAAAAAAAGUCUGGACUGUUCUGGAAGGUUCUGGCCUGAGAUGGGGCUUGUUUGUUCUAACGAGUUAUUUUGCUGCAGUCUCCUCUCUUUCCUCGCCGUAAAUGGUAAACAAUAAGCUAUUAAAUAGAUGGGUGGACAGGGUGCAGCAUUGUUUAGAAACUAGCUAAUUAAGUUUCCUCCUUUAAUUCUUUAGAGUGGGGGUAACAGCUAAUGGCACCCCACUACCACGGCAGAGGCAGAGCGGGUCAGCCAUGUCCGGGAUCGAGCGAUUUGUUGUUUUUUUCUUCGUUUUUUCGGAAAUCAUUGACGUAACGUAAAGGGUAAUUGUAUUCUAUUAGUCGGUAAACCAUAGACAUCGACAUAGUCUCCAUCCGCCGUUCUUUUUUCGUCUUGGUGAUUUAGGAAAUGAGUCAUGUGUUGCAGCGUUGCGUCAGAGCGGGCUUCUUCUAUUUUCAUAAGUGCUUGGUGCACCUCUCUUGCUCCAGCCCCAUCCUUCACUGAUAUUGGAUCAUCUAACUCAGGAAGUCUUACAAUUAUCCAAUGAACGCCUGUCCUCGUUGUUCGGCACACUAUAGAAAAAAGCCUGGCUUUUUUGUUGUGCUUCUGUUGAGCAAGCUCGGAACGCGUGGCAAAACCGAUGUUUUGUUACGGGCAAUGAGCGGGCGGUCUGUGGCGCACAGAGGGGGUAGGUCGAGGAAAAGGGAUUCACAGGCAACAGAUACACACAGGCGAUCUACAGUGGAGACUAACACCAUUUACUUCAUACCACACACACACACACACACACCGAUGGCCUCUGUUGUGUGUUUUGACCGGGAAACACAAUUUUGUAUGCAGUUGUGAGGAUCCUGAUGGUAGCAUCCACCAGCUUAUGCAUCUCUACUAGUCGUGGUUGAACACUCUUUAUCUGUGGUAGAUGAACAGCACACGGUCUGCAGUACAGAGCAGAUGCCCACGGGUCCCAGUCAUGGACCUGUAUAUGUGUUUCUUUUCUUUCCAUUCUAACAAGUCUUCCACCUGGUUCCCAGCUAGCAUAGCGAGGCUGGCGCAGGCUGCUUGCGAGAGCUAACGGUAGAUUAGUUAACUUUCCAUAAGCUCCCAACUACACAUAUUGAAUAUGUAUAUAAGACGAGAUGCUAAUAAAGGCAUAAAGCUUAUACCAGCAUUAAGCAGCGAGGUGAUGUGGAUACAUGUCGACGAAUAGCGCUGUGGAAGGUGUAAAGGCAUGGGAUGAGAAUGAGCGUAUACCCAGAAGAUGGAGACGAAGAUCAAAGGAGAGCACUUUCUGUGAAUAUGGGAUUUAUAAAAAGCAUAAGGAACUGUCGGGGUUACGUGCGAAUAUGUAAAGAAAAAAAAAGAUUUAUGUAUUUUAUUUUUUUGUUUGCCGAUUAUUUCACCACAUUGGAACUCACUCAUAUAUGCAUUAUGAAUUGUGAGACAAAAUAAAAAAAAAUAUGCAUUGAUAAUACAAAAAAAAUCGGAAUGACGUUAGUGAUUGUUUAAGAAUAAAGACGUUAUGUUAUCAAAAGUGUUCUCCUGCUCUUUGUGUGCUGGCAAUAAUUAUGAGAGACAUCUCGACAGCAAGUGCAGGCCUAGCUGGAGGCUCAGAGGCUUGAAGAGACCCGCAAGACAACAUGAAACAGCAGUCA